AUGGGCUGUCCAGAUGUGCAACUCCAAGUGAUUCUCUUGGGCUUCAUAGCUCCAAUGCACAUACCAGAGGAACUGAAAACACAUUUUGAAUUUCACUCCCCCUACUGCAAGGGCCGCUUGUGUACCCUUUCCUACAGCUGCCCGGCGGCGCUGCCUAGGCGCGCCCUGGGGCUGCAGCCGGGCCACCUCCCGAGUGUCAAAGUUUGGGCCGUGUGUCUUGUGGCGGGCAAACGCCCUGAGUUGUUGCUACAUAACUUGUUGCAGUGUCACUGGCACUAUACGUGGCCUGUCCCGCGAUUUCUCACAGGUGUCUCUGAUUUAUUCAGGAGUGGCUAUGAGUCUGCUUCCAAGCACUUCAAUCCAGCCGAUGUGGAGGUGAACGUGGCUGGAAGAUCCUUUCUGGUCACCGGUGCAAACAGUGGCAUUGGCAAGGCUACAGCCAAAGAGAUAGCGAGGAGAGGUGGCACGGUUCAUCUGGUUUGCCGAAAUAAGGAACGGGCUGAGGUCGCCAAAGGAGAAAUAGUGACAGAAACGGGCAAUCAGAAUAUCUUCUUGCAUAUUGUGGAUAUAUCUAAUCCCAAGGAAAUCUGGAAGUUUGCUGAAAAAUUCAAAAAUGAACAUAAAUUAAAUGUGUUGGUCAACAAUGCAGGAUGUAUGGUGAAUAACAGAGAAUUAACUGAAGAUGGACUUGAAAAAAACUUUGCAACAAACACUUUGGGUACAUACAUUCUGACAACUGCCCUGCUGCCCCUCCUGGAAAAAGAAGCUGAUGCCAGAGUGAUAACUGUCUCUUCGGGGGGCAUGCUAGUUCAAAAAUUAAACAUAUCUGACUUGCAGUCGGGAAAUGGGACAUUUGAUGGAACUAUGGUGUAUGCACAAAACAAGAGACAGCAAGUUGUCUUGACAGAACAAUGGGCAAAAGCUCACAGAAACAUCCAUUUCUCUGUUAUGCACCCCGGCUGGGCAGACACUCCAGCUGUGAGAUCGUCAAUGCCAGAUUUCUAUCAGAAGAUGAAGAAUACUCUGCGCACAGAGGCCCAGGGAGCUGAUACUGUUGUAUGGUUGGCAGUAUCAUCUGAAGCGACAAAGUUACCGAGCGGCUUGUUCUUCCAAGACAGGCAACCAGUCCCUACACACUUACCCCUGGCAAGCACCCACAGUCCACCGGAGGAUGAGGAGAAGCUAAUGGAGGUGCUGGAAGAGUUCUCCCAGAAGUUUAAAUCCACUUCUCCAGGAACUUAGUGUCACUGCUGACACAGCGUAACCACAAAGCUUCUAAUUACACAGUAACAGUAUUGUAGUGCGCCUGCUGUUGAGGGGAAGUAGGAUGCCGUAGGCCUCUUAAAAAUAAAUUGUGUUCAGGUGUUCUCAUCACGGGG